AAGGCGAUAGCAUGCCAUUGGCAAGCCACUAUUUCCUCUUUAAUGUAGACAUUGUUAGAGCAGCUGAAACAACAGAACAAACACUGGGGAGAAAUUAUCCAUUAUUGACCCACCCACAAAAUUCCCAGGGAGCAGUAAAAUCUCUUUCAUGACUUAGCACCUUUCAGGAUUUUGUGACUUCACAGAGCUGAAUUAUGUCUCUUUUGGUGCAUUGACUAUUUUCAUAUUCAUCUUAUUUUAUUACAUUGCAAGCGUUUUAUCAUGUUCUUUUCCAAGGAACUACAAAAUGGUUAACAGAUUUAAUAGAAGUGUUCUGUGGAGACCUGUUGCCUCAGAGUUGUCUCAGGCAAUCUCCAGUUUCUGUUUAAUCCCAGGGAUCUGAAAAUAUAAAGCAAUUUCCACCCAAGGAAUCUUCUUCUCAGUCAGCCUGGUGAGGAUGGGGAAGGGAAGAAAGGGGUUGUUCUGAUCAUAAAUCUAGAAUUGAUUUCCACCAGCUGCAGAUUUGGUCAUAUUUGGGUAGAAUAAAAUGCCUUUAGCUCUAGCCAGAGGCCUUGUGUUCUGCAAUUCCCAUGAGCAUGAUUUUGUACAAAGAAAAGAACUUCACUUAAGAGAUGUUAGAUAAGGAUGUUGUUUAGGUAAGGCGAUCCCUUACUGCUGUGCAAAUUGAGCAAGGAAUUCCUGGCAGUUCCAGAAACACACACACUUUGUUCUGUUACUGGAUUUCCUCAGAUUAGAGAAGAUUUGAAUGAAAUCUGAGAAUUCAUUUGGAAUCAAAUUUACUGUUUCUCAGAUAUUGUUUAAAUGUCAUGCUGCAUGUAACCAAAGUCUUUAAAAUAAAAAUCCGUGGAGAUCAGAGGUCAAACUGAUGGAAAAGAUGUACCUCUGUGGAUUUUAGAUGGAAGAGGCUUUGUGUUUUAAAUGCUGCUUAGUUUCACGGAAAUCAAUUGAUCUUAGAAUGGGGAAUCACCCAACACAUUCAGUCUCAGGGUCCAGUUUCUCUGGAACUUUGGCUCUUUAGCAAGUGUGCCAGACAGUGAUGCUUAUUCCAAUCAUUCUUGGUGAUGCUGAAUGCAAGGGCCAGGAAUGAUCCUAGGUCCGUAGAGUUCCCACUCACGGGGUCUAUUUGGAAAGAAGCGUGGGAAAGGGGGCGUCUCCCCAUAGCCACUCUCAGCAGUUACCCCGCUGCCCGAUCCUUAAUAAGGGAGGUAGACAAAACGUGUGCGUAAAGUUAGUAAAUCCUGCGCCGGCGGGACUUGGGCGCGGGGAAGGCUCCGGCCCUGUCCCGUGAGCCGCUUUGGAACUCGCCCCGUCGGUUCCUUCCUGAGCGCAACGGCCGCCACUUCGGGGCUUGGAAAGGGGCGGUUCUUCGGGCAGCCGGGGAGGGGCGGCGGCGGCGGCAGCAGCGCUAGCAGCGUGGCCAGAGCUGGCCAGCCUCUCGCAGGUAGUUCCUGCUCCCUGCCCGGCCGGGGACUGAAGCCACCAUGAUCAGCAACGGGGCAGGCGCCCCUCCCGCGCGCAACGGGACCCUCGCGCCUCCGCGGCUGAGAAAAGCCGCUUCCCUGGGCGGGAGUUACGACGUCGCCGGCAAGGUCGGAGCCUGCUCGGGUUGGGCGCCAGGGGGCGCGAGUGGGUGUGGCGGGGAAGGAAGGGGAGGGGGCUGCCGGAGGGGAGGGGGGCUCGGCUAUUGGGACGCGGGCACUGCCCUCUCGCCUUCGUCGUGGCGCGCAUGGCGUGCCCACUCUCUCCGGGACAUAGUUUUAACUUUCCUCUAUUCACUGGUCGUUCUCCUUCCAGCUCUGAAACUCUCCUGCCUGGGUCCCACUCUGCCAGCACCCCUGGGCAAAGAGUGGGGGGCCUUUCUUGCCCCCCCCUGCCAGCUUCUAAAGUGAAAGGUGCCGGAGGGACUCAACCCUGCUUAGAAAGACAUCCCAGAUGUGUGGAGGUUGCUUGUAGCCAUUUGGGGACCAGGAAAGUAAAUUUGCAUGUGCUCAAAGGCACUCUCCUUCCUGCAUUCUAAAAACGAAGCGGUGACUUUAGGAUCUCCAGUGAGGUGGCUGCCUCAGGUGGAGAUGCUAUAGGGCAGAGAGCAGGCAGUGCUGUUUGAGCCACAUGGCCUGCCCUGCUGCCCACAGGGGGAUGAGGGAGAACUCUGCUCCAUUGCCAGUAAGAAUCAACUGCCAGUCUGUACAACGGAGUGCCCUGGCUCCUGUACCUUUUACCUGCUAAAAGUUUUAACACCUGCACAGGUGGCAGAAGUUCAACAGGUGCUGCUUUUCCAGCCUGGAAACCUGUCACCCGACUUCCACCACUCUGUCAGCAAAGGUGGCUGAGCUUGCAAAUGACACUGAAAACAGCCACUGGUUGGUUUCUAAGCCUUGAUUGCAGAGGCCCUGCCAAUCUCUGACUGAGGCGAAACCCUGCCACCAUUUAGACCUCAUUGCAGGUUGUUUAUAGGUUGGGGCGCUUGUCAGCUUCUCAUUCUUGAGCAACUUAAAAUGAAUCUCCCUGACCCAGCAAUGCAGCGUUCUCCUUUCCUUCAACAGAGCAGUUCCUAUUCAAACCACACCCGGAGGAAGCUGCUAAAAGUGGGCUUUGUGGGGAGGUUGGUCAGGAGACGCAUCUCUCAGAAUGAAAGCAGCGGCAGGGGGAGGGAGAGAGAGAAAGCUUUAUGCAGGGCAAAGGGGUUAGCUUCCUCAAAGGCAGCUUCUGCAUGGCUCUCCCGAGCCCAGAGGUGUGAGCUCUGGGAAACCUCUCUGCUGCAGCGAUGAGGAGAACAUACUCCCUGCGAGGUCACUGGGAUCAACUGCAGAGCCCUUUAGCUGCUGUCGUUAACAGUAGAUUAGCUUUCCUCUUCCCAGCACUCAGUUGAGGAACACUGCUAACAGACAAAUAAUCAGAGCCAGCAGUAUCCUCUGGUAACAGAUUUGGGCGCUGGUCAAAGCUUUUCAGUGUGGCUUUCCAAGGAGUUCUUUGCAGGUGUCCAGCUUGGUCUUUGCUGUCAAUUUCAUACAAAGUCAGCUUUGAACCAUGAAAAGCUAACGGGGGAAUGGAAGUUCUGUCUUUUCACCUUCACAGGAUGCCACUGACAAGCCACUCUCACUAUGAAAAACGGUAGCAUUGGAAGGCUGAUGAAUAGCCUGCCUUGCAAGCCUGGGAAGGCCCAGGUCUUUUGUUGUCCGGGGAUUCUGGUGAGCCUCUAGUAAGCUGAAGCUCUUUUGAACGUGGAGGUCAGGGGAGACUGAUUCACAUGGGGAAAUGGGGCACUGCCUGCCAUCCUCAGCCGGCCCUCAGCCAGCUCCCCACCUGCCUGCCUUCCUUCUUACACCCAGUCGAGGCACUACCUGCCAGCUGCCUCCUUAGUCUCAGCGUUGCCCUGUCUUCUGCCCCACCAGUCCCACCAGUAGUGGAAGCCAUGCAAAGGGCCAGUUCAUGGGAUAGCUCAGUUAGUAGAGCAUGCGACUCUUAAUCUCAGGGUUGUGUGUCUGAGCCCCAACUUGGGCAAAAUAAUAAUACUGGGUCGCAGGGGUUGGGCUAAAUAAUAAUAAUAAUAAUAAUAAUAAUAAUAAUUUAUUAUUUAUACCCUGCCCAUCUGGCUUCUCCGGUGAUCCACACGGUCCCUUCCAACUCUGCAGUUCUUUGAUUCUGUGUGAUCACUUCUCACGGCCAGUGACUUGCUCUUGUUGCUGCUCACUUGCUUGGAGAGGGCAGCUGAACAGGCCGUGGCACAAAGGAGUAGAAGCAAAGUCAAGGAUCCCUGGAGGAUCCAUUGUCAGGCCCUGGCAGAUGCCUGACAAUGCAAACCCCAACACUCACCCUAGAUUCCCAUCGCCCUGACCUUCUACAGGUCUUUGCACAUUUGCAAGCUGAAGAACCACACACUGCAACCAGACAUGCACCACAACCUAUUGCUUCUUUCAAGUGUAAUGGAGGGGGGCAUUGUGGGCACUAGGAAAGGCCUCUGCAAGCACAUGUAUGCCCACAGGCACCAAAGUGGCGACCCCUGUGUUACAGAGACAGCAAAACGAUGACAGCCCCCAACCCAACUCUCUGCAUACACCCUUCUCUGCACAAGUUGGUGCUCUGGAACUUGCCUCCUUCCAAUAAGCAUUAAAAAUGAAAGGGGUUUUGUGGAGUAUAUGAGGUCCGGUACACGUCUGCUGCCUCUCAGCUUCUCCGGACUAUAGCAGAGUAAAACACAGCGUGUGCUGAUGUGUUGGCUGCGUGAACCUCUGGCUACCAGUCUAGUCUUGUACUGUGGUUCUCUAGUUGCUGUGGGUUUAAGACGGUAAACCCAGUGGCUGCUCGCGGCCUGCUUACCUGCAGGCAGUGUCGUGAUGGAGAACACACCUAGAGACUCCACUGAGCUCACUUCCUUCUGCAUUGCCUCUUGCCAUUUCCUGGCUUCUACUUCAGGCAACCUCUGAACUUCCUCAAAACUCUCUGGUUUGCACUGAGCCACACCAACCCACAUGCUAGUGACCUCAAACCUUUUGGGUGGUUUUCCCUCUUUGGCUUCCCAUGGGUUUGGCUCCCCCAUGGACAAGUUUUCCUCAUAGAUUCUGCAAUGUGUAAAUGUGAAGCAGGCCUCCUACUCUUUAACUCAUGGUGGAAACCUGUGCCUUGGGGAACGGGGAUGUAUCCAUUUGGAAUAGGAGCAGCUCAGAAGACACUUCAAAAGUCUUGACCUCAUUGUUUGCUUUUCCUGCAAGGGCUGCUGACAUAUCUGAUCGCAGGUUUGUCCCCUAGUGACAGAAAAGAGAUUGCUGUUAUCUCAGAGUAGACUGGCAGAACCAUUCUUAAUAGGGGGAUGAGUACUUGCUGAUCGACAUUUUUCAAAGGACACAUUCCGGGGUAGGGUGGGGGGUGCAUCUCUUGUUAGUUGGAAACGCAAGAAAGGAAGUCUUUUUUUUAAUGAAAGGUUUAUUGCAACAGAAAUUCCUGUGGUCUAGAGACCACUGGAUGAAAACUGGGCUGUAGUCCAUGAAAGCUUACAAUAGGGUGGUGCAGUAGGACCUGGGAAGACCUGGGUUCAGAUCCCCACUCAGAUGUGAAAGUGGGCAACCUUGGGCCAGGCACUGUCUCUCAGUCUAGCCCAGCAGUUCUCAACCUGUGGGUCCCCAGAUGUUGUUGGACUACAACUCCCAUCAUCCCUGAGCUCUGGCCUUGCUAGCUAGGGGUGAUGGGAGUUGUAGUUCAACAACAUCUGGGCACCCACAGGUUGAGAAUGGCUGGCUAGCUUACCUCGCAAGGUUGUUGAGAGGAUGAAACAGGAAGGAGGAGAACUUUGUAUGCCUCUUUGAACCCUGUGGAAGAAAGGUGAUGAUGAUGAUGAUGAUGAUGAUGAUGAUGACGAUAUUAUCACUGUUAGUCUUUAACAACAGAGAGUUUUGUGUCACUUUAAAAACCAGCAGAUUUUAUUAUAGCAUAAGUUUUCAUGGACUGUAGCCCAUUAUGCCGUAAUAAAAUUUGUUAGUCUUUAAGGAGAGACAAUACAUUUUUCUGUUCUCCUCCUCCUCCUCCUCCUCCUCCUCUUCUUCUGCUUCUGCUUCUGCUUCUGCUUCUGCUGCAUCAGAUUAGCCAGCUACCCCCCUUGGGAAAUAAGUUUUAAAGAUGCCACAAGGAAGACUCCUCUUUGUUUCUCAGAAACAGCUCGGAUAACACCUUCCUCUCCCCAGUGUAAAAAAUGGACCCAGAGCUGCCAACAAAACCAGGACUUCUAAGCUGAGGUCUGUUUGCUUAGGAGGAGUGGAUGCUGGCUUGCGUGUUUGCUCAGCUAUCUGGCAACAUGGGUGAGGCGGCUGGCGGGGGGAGUCCCAGAUCAAACAGAGUUAGCUCAUGACACGUAUCACCUGGGUAAAGUGCUGUAAUGGUACCUCUCAGGUGUUUAUCUGGGAGAUCCUCAAGCCAUAGUGGAGCCUCUGUGAGCCCUGGUGGAGCCUAUGUGCAUUUAUAGCCGCACUGACUUUUAGGGGACAUUCUACAGACAAAGGGGAAGAGAGCGAAGGGACUAUUUACUGUAAACAGACUUGAGACCCUAAUCACAGCCUGCUCAUAUAUAUAAGUAAUAAAUCUGGCUCCAGCCAAAGAAGACCUGAGAUGCAGGUGUUGUUUUCCAGCUGGGCCAUUGCAGAUUACUUGAGGGAUUUACAAAGGCUUGGAGCUUACAGAGACUGUAUUUGCUCAUGAUGGUGGGGGGGGGGGGACUUGCUUGUUUAAGGCAAUGAACAAACCCUAGGAGUGCAGUAGGAGCAGCAGCACUGACCCUAGUAGGGAAUUUCUUUGAAAUCACAGAUAUGUCUUAGGUAAACUGGUCCUAUGGACAGUUUAUAUGGAUGUAAGCCUCACACAGCCUUGUUGUCUGCAAUCAAAAAACACAGAACAUUCAAAACCAAAGUUAAAUAUGUGGCCCUGCACAGCUCCACCGGUUGUUCAUAGUAGUAGAAGUCAUGGAAAUGAGGGCAACCAGUCAGGGAAGAUGGUUUAUAACCUUCUAGUCAUCCUGGGAAAGAAGAAAUGAUUACAAGUGUGCAAGAGAGGCCUGGAACUCCAGAGAAUUGUGAGCUUGGUGCCCCUCAAGAUUGCUCACCUACAGGCAGAAGAUUACACGUCCCAAUGCACAGUUCUUGAGACAGCAUGGAAGGUAGGAAGACUUCUUAGGACCUCUUGGGAGGUCAUGAGAAGAUCCCUGUUAGAUCAGGGCAAUGUACAUCUAGCGCAACAUCCUCUUCUCAGAGUGGUCCACCAGAUGCUUGUGAGCAGCCCAGAAGUUAGUACUGAAUGCAACAGCACUCUGCCCACCUGUCAUUCCCAGCAGGUGGUAUUUAGAGCCAUACUGCCUCCUACUGUGAACCCAGAAGGACCAUGGCUUGGUCAUAAAGCCCCAGACCAUCACUUGCAAGCUUUGUUGUUGUUGUUUAGUCGUGUUUAGUAGUGUCCGACUCUUCAUGACCCCAUGGACCAGAGCACACCAGGCAUUCCAGUCUUCCACUGCCUCCCGUGAUUUGGUCAAACUCAUGUUUGUAGCUUCGAGAACACUGUCCAACCAUCUCGUCCUCUGUCGUCCCCUUCUCCUUGUGCCCUCCAUCUUUCCCAACUUCAGGGUCUUUUCCAGGGAGUCUUCUCUUCUCAUGAGGUGGCCAAAGUAUUGUAGCCUCAGCUUCAGGAUCUGUCCUUCCAAUGAGCACUCAGGGCUGAUUUCAUUCAGAAUGGAUAGCAGUAGCAUUAAGGCAGGAGGGAAGCAAACAGGUUUCAAGGAGCUGACAGCAUUCUGUUGCAUGUGUCCCAUGUUGAGGAAUAGCCACUGUCAACAUUGUGAGGCUGACCCAGAGAAGUCUGAUGGGGGAGCUAACAUGAGAGUGAAGAUUAAGUUUUUCCUAUGAUUGUUUUGCUGCUGUUGGCUGACCUCCUGGCUUGCUAGAUUAGAUUUCCCCACCGUCUAGCGAUCCAGGGGGGAAGCUUAUUUAAGUGGAACUUCAAAUAGGUCUUCAAAACAAUAGGGCAUUGGCCCCGUUAUGUAACACCAGGAGCCAAGCAAUCAGCCAGGAAGUGAAUUUGACUCUUGAAACAGCAAAGAGCAGCCUGCUCUUGUGCUCGCUUGAGCUUGGCAUCCCUGCCCAGACCCUGGACCUCAGAGCACUCAGCUCUUCCUCCUACUCCUCCUCUUUCCCAUUGACUUCCCUGCUCCCACCGAAGGUACCUGCUGUCCCUUGCACUAUUAAUGGGCUUUUGCACCCCAUGUUGUAGGUGAUGCUGCUUGGAGAUUCAGGCGUGGGGAAAACCUGCUUCCUCAUCCAGUUCAAAGACGGGGCCUUCCUCUCUGGGACCUUCAUAGCCACUGUCGGCAUAGACUUCCGGGUGAGAGCACUACAGCUGCCAACAAAUGCAGAGAGAUGCUUCUGUUACAGCGCAGGGAAUGGCUGCCCCUACUGAGAUCAUGUUAAUUGCAUAGAUUUUUUUUAAAAAAUGUAAUCUUAUGUGAUUGGGGUUGUAGCAUGCAGGGAGGGGUUCUCUAACCCUUUCCUCCUCAGCUGUGAUCCCAAUUAAAAUUGCUACCGCCACCCCUCUGCCAUACGCACUGCUGGUAGUGAUGGGAAUGCAUAGCUCCCAUUAGGACCAACUGCAGAGCAGGGAGGGGAUUUCCACUAGGAUAGUAGCAGGGGAGGAAACACCCCGUUCCCUCUAUGUCAGGGGUCCCCAAAAUAAGGCCCACAGGCCGGAUAAGGCCUGAGGGACUUGUUUAUCCGGCCCGCGGCGACCCCCACCACCCACUGCCUCCGCCCGCUCUUACUGGUACUGCGCUGCACGGGUCAGAGGAGCACUGGAAAUAGCUUGUGUGCAUGUGCAAGCCUUAUUUCCACAUGUGCAAGCGUUAUUUCCUGUGCACAUCCAGGUCGGAGGAGGCCCAUGCACAUGUGCACGAUCUAUUUCUGGUCCUCAUCCAACCUGGAAUUGCACCAGAAAUAGCAUGUGCGCACGUGUAUGGGCACACGCUCCGACCCGCCGUGCAAUCGGUGCUGGAGACACCAGCCUGAGGCACGGGAAGUUUGCUGACCCCUGCUCUGUGUUGCAGUUCCAGUGGAAUGUUGAGCCCCCUGCACCUAGAAUCAAAAUGUUGUUGUUGUUUUAAAUUCCCUGACACAUGGCUGCAAGCCACACAAUUAACACAAUGUGGAGCUCAGCCUUGAGAUGAGAACAGGGCAUGCCUAAAUAUUGCAUGAGCGAGCCAUGCAUUUGUCCUAUUCCACAUGGCACAGGAUUCCUGUACCUUGUUCUGGUGCCUCUAAUGGAUCUAAAGGAGCCCUCUCUGUCGAGCAGCAGCAGUCCUUCAUGGAGCCUGUCAGGCCCCACCCCAAGCCGGGUGGAGAGAGGCGGGGCAGGGCCCUUCAGGCUCCCAGCAGGGAGUCCUGGGCAGUGGCAGCAGCAUGCACCCACCAACAUAAAUCAUGGCUAUGCCCAUGCAUAUGAUGACCAGGGGGGUGCUUCCCAUUACCAUUCCUCAGAAAAUUACUGUUUUUGUGAAGACAAAGGUACUGAAUGGAAAUGUUGCCUGAACUAGCUAGUCUUAGAUGUGCUGUUUCUCAUCAUUCUCACUUCUCCCAGGAUUGGUAUCAUCGGUUUGUAUUAUCUCGGCAUUCUUUGGAUGCAUAAUUUGGUAUAGAAACAUAGAACAUACAAAGGUGCCUUCUACAGUGGUACCUCGGGUUAAGAACUUAAUUCAUUCUGGAGGUCCGUUCUUAACCUGAAACCGUUCUCAACCUGAGGUACCACUUUAGCUAAUAGGGUUUCCCGCUGUUGCCGCACAAUUUCUGUUCUCAUCCUGAGGUAAAGUUCUUAACCCAAGGUACUAUUUCUGGGUUAGCAGAGUCUGUAACCUGAAGCGUUUGUAACCCAAAGCAUUUGUAACCCGAGGUAUCACUGUACAGUGGUACCUCUGGUUGCGAACAGGACCCGUUCCGGAGCCCCGUUCGCAACCUGAGCAGAACGCAACCCGUGUCUGCGCGUCGCGAUUUGCCACUUCUGUGUAUGCGCGUGACAUCAUUUUGAGCAUCUGCACAUGCGCAAGCGGCGAAACCCGGAAGUAACCCAUUCCGUUACUUCUGGGUCGCUGUGGGACGCAACCUGAAAUGAUUUAACCUGAAGCAAAUGUAACAAGAGGUAUGACUGUACUGAAUCAAACGGUUGGCCCAUAUAGCUCAGUCUUGUCUACAGUGACUGGCUGCUGCGCUUGGGGGGGGGGGGGCGUUCAGGCAGGGGAGAUGUCGGGGAUUGAACCCAAGACCUUCUGCACGUGAGGCAGACGCUCAGCCACUGAGCGAUGUCCCGUCUCCACAUUUUGUGAAACGCAUUAUGAGGAAUGAGAUAUCGGAGUCAUCCGUAAUGUUGGCCUUGCAAGGCUUCACACUUCCACUUCUCUCAUGCCUAGAAAGCAUGAGCCUAAGCAGUUUUUUGCUCCUGUGCUUCCUAGACUUGGGUCCAAGCAGUUUUUGCCUUUGCGUCUGGAGCAAGGGGAAGUGUGGAUGAGCCCAAAGAAGAGACAGUGAUUUGGAAAGGUGUCUGGGUGCUACUUCACGCCCCGAACAAUGUUUGGGUUCUGAUUCCACUUAAGUAGGGGGAGAUCUUUUCACGCCAUCCUCUGGGGGCUAAAUCUGUGUCACGGAGGAUGUGUGGCUGUUGCGGACUCCCAUGCAACUCUCCAGGAGCGUUGGGUAAAAGAAAUGUGAGACUCGUUUAGCAAAUGUCACCGUGAAUUUCUGCUUGGAAGAGGCUGGGGUUGCAUCAGUCCCCAUAACAUGAAGUCAGGCCCUGUCGACCUAAUCUAUGGCUGCUUUCCAAUAGCACGUGACUAUAAUAUGCAGUGCAAGACUGCAAGCGUCUGGAUCUAUGCUGUUUUAGAGAAGGAGCUGUAUUUUAGAAGAUGAUUGUCAGCCCCAGAUUUGCCUUGUAACCCUAAUGCGGGCGAUGCAGAGGGGAAUCUAUGGGUGGCCUUAUAUCAUGGAUCAUUGUUAAUGCAAGAAAGAGAAAGCGGAGAAUACCUUGUGACCAAACAUCUUACAGGUGUUGGUAUCAGGCACCAGGAAUCUGGGCAUUCCUCUCCCCCAGAAUAGGUGGCCUGGAUGUGAGACUUUCUGUUUAUAUGGCCCCUUCUAGGAUGUGCCAUAUGCCAGUUUAUUCCACCCAUCAAAUUUGCAAGAUACUUUUCACACAGUCUUACAGGACUCGAGAACCACUUAAAGCAGCAUGCUGAGCCCUAAUGGUUUGCUUCUAUUAUUUCCAGUGACUACGGAGAAUGUUCUCACCGAGCUUUUCCGGUGCAGGACUGCAUUGUUCUCAGUGGCUGCUGCUCAUCUGGGCCAGAGUGGAUCUGGUUCACCCAGGGCCACUGGGAACGAUGUAGCUGGGGUAGCUGCAUAGAAAGGUUCCCACACCAAACGGCAGAGCGGUUUCCUGAUCAUAGCCUCAGUUAAGGCGACAGUGGCAGGCGAGCAAAUGUGCCGUUCAUCUGCAGAUAAACUGAUCAGAUUUGCUCGCUGGCUUGUUUCCAUUGCACAGUAAUGUAUCCUCCUGACUCCAGAUCUCAAUGCGUUGGUAUCAGCCACCAGGAAUCUGGGCAUUCCUCUCCCCCAGAAUAGGUGGCCUGGAUGUGAGACUUUCUGUUUAUAUGGCCCCUUCUAGGAUGUGCCAUAUGCCAGUUUAUUCCACCCAUCAAAUUUGCAAGAUACUUUUCACACAGCAUGACUAGUGGCACAGCAAUAAAACUGCUAAGCAGAGUCUAGUGUGGUUUCAAACUGGAUGGGGGACCUUGUGUUGAGAUUCCUGCAUUGCAGGGGAUUGGACUAAUAUCCCUCAGAGAGCUUCCAACUCUCCUAUGAUUCUACUGUUUUUUAGCAGAUUCUUCCCAUCCUCAGUAGUUACAAAUAAGCACCAACAGUAGUUUGAUGGAAGCAAUUGAUAUUAACUGGGUUAAUGCAUUGGGGUUAAUGCAUUGUUCUACACUUCCCUAGGGACACGGGUAGCACUGUGGGUUAAACCACAGAGCCUAGGACUUGCCAAUCAGAAGGUUGGCAGUUCGAAUCCCCUUGACAGGGUGAGCUCCUGUUGCUUGGUCCCUGCUCCUGCCAACCUAGCAGUUCGAAAGCACGUCAAAGUGCAAGUAGAUAAAUAGGUACCGCUCCGGCAGGAAGGUAAACAGCGUUUCCAUGCUCUGCUCUGGUUCGCCAGAAGUGGCUUAGUCAUGCUGGCCACAUGACCCGGAAGCUGUCUGCGGACAAACGCCGGCUCCCUCGGCCAAUAAAGCGAGAUGAGCACCGCAACCCCAGAGUCGGUCACGACUGGACCUAAUGGUCAGGGGUCCCUUUACCUUUACCUUUACACUUCCCUAACGUUUAUAAGUGUGAUGGGGAACUUGCAUCCUUCAGGAUGUUGUUGGACUACAAAUCCCAUGAGCCUCAACCAGCAUGGCCAAGUAUCUGGAAGGGCAAAGGCUCCCCAUUCCUAAGUUUAUAAGAAAUGACAACUGGUGGACUUGGGAUAACGGUAACGACUGAGACGGUUAGCCUGUUCUUCAUAGUGUUGGUCCUGUGCUUAAUGGGAAGAAUGCAACUCAGUUGCCUUAUACCAUAGCAAGGUCAUUCAAUGGGGCACUGAACAAUGGGGGCGCUGCUAGUGGCAAGAUUCACCCUGCUGAUCAAACCUCCCAGCCAAUCAAAGCAAUAACCGCCAGAGAGUCAGUGUGGUGUAGUGAUUAGAGUCACUGUGUCUGUUCCUGUGAAACAUUUAUCUGUCUUUUAAACUUUUGAAAACUGGUGUCUAGCCUGGAGCAACUCCCCUUCUGAUGACCAUUAGGUGCAUCUGUAAGGAUUCCUGUGUCUAAAGGCAAAGGCAGAGCAGACUUUUCAGUUCCUGCCAUUUAUUCUGCUUUAUACACUUGUGUGGUUUUAUUUUUAUUAAAUUUUUUUCUUUCAGAACAAAGUGGUGACCGUGGAUGGGGUGAAGGUGAAACUGCAGGUAGGUCUCUUGAAAUUACACUGAUGUGGCGUAUCACCUGAACUUCUUCCAAGUAAGGUAGAGGGAUUUCGGCAUGCACGUGGGUUGGUGUUUGUCCCUGCUGGAGUUCAGCCUCCGUGCUAGCCAUUUAUGUGUAUUAUUGUUUUAUGAAUUCUCAUUAUGUCGUUGUUUGGGUAACCAAUGAUUCCUGAUAUAUUAUUCUCUGCCCACUGACCUUUUAUUGCAUUCAUCUAAGGCGUCCCUCAGCCAGGGCACCACCAUGGGGAAAGCCCUGUUUCUCUCUACAAUUGAAAAUCACAGUGUCAUAUUAAAUAAUACAUUGUAUAAAACAUGACCGAAGCAGAGACCACAAAUAAAACACAACUUUUAAAACAAGUGGCUAACCUGUGGGCCCCACAACCCUCGAUCAGCCCCAGUGAGCGUGGCAAAUAGUUGUGGAUGAUGGGAGCUGCAAUCCAACAGCCUCUGACCACAGGUUGGUCAGAUUACAUACCAUCCAAUUUCAUCACUGUCUCAGUUUUGAUUCAUUUACCUGAGUGUACAUCUGGCCCUAUAUGCAGGUUUUAUAGGACAUAGAACCCUGCAGGGUUCCACUCGAUAGAACCCAGCAGAACCCUCUCCUUGCAAGGAACCAUCCAGACCUUACCUGUGAAAAUUUGUGUUCCGUUCCUUAUCGUUUUGCCUCGUUUGUGUAUGUGUGUUUUCCCACUACACUGCCACUCGCUUGGCAUUGGGGUUCAUGCUCAUGCAAUGUCGUGAAGGUCUUUCUCAUGAUUUACCGACUUUGCCUUGUUGCAGAUCUGGGACACGGCAGGCCAGGAGCGGUUCCGAAGCGUGACUCAUGCUUACUACAGAGAUGCACAGGGUACGUCCUCCAGUUGGGUGUCUUGCAUCGGAGCUGGUAUUCUUAGCAGAGCAGCUCUUUGUUGCUAGAAUCUAGUAAUCAUGCUAUUAUUAUUAUUAUGGUGCAGCUCGCAAUUCGGCUGUAAAAUGUGACCCCGUAAUUUUCCAUUAAAAGAAUCACAGGCGGCAAGGCUGGGAAUGUGUCCCUGGCUGAUAACCUUGACAAGUCACUGCCAAUCAGAGUAUACCAGGAUUGGGGAAACUACAUUUCCCCUGUCCAUGAUGGACAGAAUAAUUGCCACACACAGGAAGAAUAAGGAUUUAGUUUGAGUGCCUCACUUGUCGUUUCGUAAAUCAUUUAAUGUGUCAAUACGAAUGGAAGUUGUUCAUAUUGCAGUUGUUGUAUAAGGGAUUGUUACCUUGAGUGGAGUGUAAUUAAAAUUAAUAAGCUUUUGGAUAAACAGCAGAAUGUAACAUUUGAUGUAACAAACCAGAAAUGGAAGUUGGGGGUAGUCAACAGGGAGGGGGGAAAGGAGAGAAUGGAUGUUCAAUGAUGAUAUUGAAUAAUUGUUAUGAGAGAAGAAAAUCAAUAAAAAUUAUUUUUUUAAAAAAAGAAAUUAAUAAGCUUUUGGAACACAGAACUAAAGAAAAUCACCAAACCAUCAAUUCUAGCACACCGGGGCACGGGAUGGGACACACCUAAAUUAUAUAAUUUGCUAUAUGAAUGAUUGGUAUUAGUAAUUGUAUUAUCAUUUGGCAUUGUUAUAAUGAGGCAAUUAUUGGACUGUAAUUCAAAACUAAUAAAAAUUAUUAUAAAAAAGGAGUGGGGAAACAGUCCUUGAGUCCAGCCCCCAUCACACCCGACCGAUUGGCUACACUGACAGGGGUUCAUGGAAGCUGGAGUCUGACAACAUCUGGAGGGUGGCAGGUUCACUGUCCCCAGAGUCUGUCUGUGAACUACUUUGAGGUCCUUUUUACAGGGAAGCGGUGUAUAAAUUUAUAAAAUGAAUAUAAUAUACUGGGGUACACGGACCAGUGGUUUGACUUGGAAUAAAACAUGAUCAUUUAGGGAGAAGGAAACAAACGUUUUUCUUUUUGUCUUGCAGCACUCCUCCUCCUCUAUGACAUCACCAGCAAAAUGUCCUUUGAUAAUAUCCGGGUGGGUGUUUAACGUCUGCAUUUGAACCACGUGAUCCGGUGCUAAAGUAUUAUGAUCCCACCGGCCUUUCUUAUCCCGACUUGCCCAGACCUUCCUCUGCUCACCAAAGCAUCAAGAUAAGAGCUGAGGGUUGCCAGCUAGCCAGAAAUGGAAAGGGAAAUCCCAGCCUGGGCUGCUUUUGUAUCAGCCCCACAGUUUGAUGUGCAGAAAACAACAGGAGCUUUUCACAGCGAGGAGAUAAAACUUUAUCACUUGCACAUCAAAGGGCUGAGCAAAGCAUAGCUGCAGUUGAAAAGCUGGUAAUUCUUUAGGAACUUGAUUGGGGAGCUUGCAGUCUCAAUUUUAUAUAGGGGAGUUGAGGAAGGAGGACAGGAGAAAGGAUAGUGGGGCAAGCAGUGGAAAGAUAUGCAUUUGUUUCUGUUACACAUACUUAGAAUUGCUUGAAGGUGGGGUACAGGGAUUCAGGCAGGAGAGUGGGGAACCUUUUAGGCUCCAGGGGCCAGAUCCUUAUCAGAUCCCAGCAUCAUGGGUCAAAUCGCCUUACAGCAGGUGAUUGGGUGCUUUGAAGUCCCCGUUUUGGGACUUCAAAGCACCGCAUGCAGCCCAGGCAUAAGGUGCGUUAGGGUUUUCCCUGCAUGGAGCUCAUUCAUGGAGCCAACUUGGCAGGCUUUGCCUCUACCUGCUUUCCCCUACCAAUGGACAAUAGGCUCCAUAUUGUGCAUUGCAGCCACAUGAUGACAGCUGUGGGGCAGGGGUGUGUGGCUUGAAAUUGCUUUGCGAGCCAAAUUUGAACCCUUGGCGGGCCCUUGAGCUAGAGAUGCCAUCCCCCUUGACUUAGGGAUCACCAGUGGGGCUAAAUCCAAGCUUGGUCUUGCAACGUAAGAUAGGACAGUAUGGCAUUGGCUUUACUACCCUUGUAUGUAUUGGUUAGGACGAAGGAAUGCCACUGUGGGCAACCUUACUUUGCCCCACUCCUUUAAGGAAAGCCCUCCUCCCUCAACACAUCUGUCUGCAUGGUCCAGACAAGGGGACUAAAAUAAAGGCUUAACAGUGCAAGCUAUGCAUGUCUAAUCAGAAGCAAGCCCCAUUGGCUUUUAUGGGGCUUACUCCCAGGUAAGCAAUUAUGGAAUUGCAGCCUGAAUCCACUUAUCAUGAUGGUGGUCCAGCCACUUAAGAGACUCUAGACCAUGGCUCUAGUUACAGGUAGGUAGCCGUGUUGGUCUGCCGUAGUCGAAACAAAAUAAAAAAAUUCCUUCAAGUAGCACCUUAGAGACCAACUGUUAUUGGUAUGUACUGUUUUUAACAUUUGAUUGGGAGCCACCCAGAGUGGCUGGGGAGACUCAGUCAGAUGGGCGGGGUAUAAAUAAUAAAUUAUUAUUAUUAUUAUUAUUAUUAUUAUUAUUAUUAUGAGCUUUCGUGUACAUACACACUUCUUCAGAUAUAUUCAGAUAUCUAUCUGAAGAAGUGUGUAUGCACACAAAAGCUCAUACCAAUAACAAACUUAGUUGGUCUCUAAGGUGCUACUGGGAUGCGGGUGGCACUGUGGGUUAAACCACAGAGCCUAGGACUUGCCGAUCAGAAGGCCAGCGGUUCGAAUCCCCGCGACGGGGUGAGCUCCCGUUGCUCGGUCCCUGCUCCUGCCAACCUAUCAGUUCGAAAGCACGUCAAAGUGCAAGUAGAUAAAUAGGUACCGCUCCAGCGGGACGGUAAAUGCCGUUUCCAUGCGCUGCUCUGGUUUCACCAGGCUUUCUCAUGCUGGCCACAUGACCCGGAAGAACUGUCUGCAGAGAAACGCCGGCUCCCUCGACCAAUAAAGCGAGAUGAGCGCCGCAAGCCCAGAGUUGGCCACGACUGUACCUAAUGGUCAGGGGUCCCUUUACCUUUACUUUUUAAGGUGCUACUGGAAGGAUUUUAAAAAUUUUGUCUAGACCAUGAUGAGUGGUGUGUGGCCUGUUGAUAUUAUGUCAAAUGUUAAGGCCCCGUGGAACUCCCAUUGCCCCGUGUUUCGUUUCCCUCCAGCUUUCAUUCAUUGAACGCAGUGCUUUGCCUCAUGACAUGACACACUACACUAAACUUUCUCUCUUCUCCCUCUUUCCCUUUCCCCACCCCCUCUUACAGGCCUGGCUUACAGAGAUACACGAAUAUGCCCAAAAGGAUGUGGUCAUUAUGUUACUAGGCAACAAGGUGCGUGUCAUUUCCUGACAGGUGAUGCAGACCUGCUCUUGCUUUGCAAAUAGUUCCCCCUUUUUUUCCCCUUGACUCUGAGCUAUCUCCUCCUAGCAUGCUUUGCACAGUCUUCUUCUGUGGUCGGCACAUAAUUGGAGGAAUUCUUUAUCCUGGCACCUCUUGGUUUUUGAUAACUCCCUCCAGCGCUCGCUUUUCUUAAGCACCGUGAAGAGUCUCCUUUCUUCCACAUGCACUGGGAGCCUUUCUGCCGCCAUUCCUUGCUCUGUGUUUGCUCUUCCCAGCAGCCUCAGUGGCAGAGGUGUGAUUGGAUUUCUGUAUCUAAUCCAGUAAGAGAUGAAAAAUAAAAGAGCCCUGUAGCAUUUAGCACAAGUUGUUGUGGUGAAUGCCCCAUUGUUCUGCCCAGACACUGAGGUCCAGCACCGAGGGCCUUCUGGCGGUUCCCUCACUGAGAGAAGCCAAGCUACAGGGAACCAGGCAGAGGGCCUUCUCGGUAGUGGCACCCGCCCUGUGGAACGCACUCCCACCAGAUGUCAAAGAGAAAAACAACUACCAGACUUUUAGAAGACAUCUGAAGGCAGCCCUGUUUUGGGAAUCUUUUAAUGUUUAAUAGAUUAUUGUAUUUUAGUGUUCUGUUGGAAGCUGCCCAGAGUGGCUGGGGAAGCCCAGCCAGAUGGGCGGGGUAGAAAUAAAAAAAUAUAUAUAUUAUUAUUAUUAUUAUUAUUAUUUGAUGCAUCAAGCGGCAUCUUAAAUUGGCAGCUAUCGGCACAGCACCAAAAACAAACACACACCCAAACUCAAUUUUCUAAGCAGUGGGGGCCAAAAGGCUGUGAAAUGCAGGCCCUGCCAUGCUUCUGUGCAGAGCCCAGAUGUAUACAGCCCCAAGAUGCAUGCAAGAUGGCUCUGGAGUUUGAGCAAGGAUUGAGAUACUUUCGGGAAUUUUUAUUAUGUGGAAUGGAGAGAGACUGCUGGGAAGUAGAGCUGAUGUGGAACUGAUGGCAGUUGUGGUCCAAAACAGAUUUAGGACAGCUGGUUGGUGGAGACUGUUUUAAAUCACCCAACUGUGCAUUUUUUGUUUUUAUAUUGUAAACUAUAUCACCCUUAGGUGAAGGGUGGUAUAGAAAUUAACGUUAUUAUUUAUUUUGCUUAUCUUUGAUGCUGGUCAGUGGGAAAUUUUAGAUUUGUAAGUAUUUAGAUUAAGUCAUACGGGAGGGAAAAGGUCUUCGAACUAUCACCCUUUUCUCUCUUGAAAGAGGAGACAGCUCCAGUUAGAUUGCUGCCACUGGCAUUCACAAACCUGUUCUCACUUAGAAGUGCUUCUGGAAGACAUUGUAGCUCUGCCGCCUGUAUUCCUAGUUAAGCAAGCAGAGGGUGAUUUCAGGGCAGGUGGAAGAAUCACCGCAGGAACAACAAACCACAUGAUAGCAUGCCAAAAUUAUUUUGUGAAUCGCACUUAAAAGUGUAUUUGCGAAACGUAACAUUCCUGAAUCCAUUAGAUAAAGAGGGGUUGUUAGAUGGAAUAACCAACAGAUAGAAAAUGGCUGAUAUUUUAGUGCCCUUUUUAAUAUAAUGACCUUUUAAAAUGUGUUGUGGAAUGGGGGCGGGGAUUAUUGGGUCCUCUUUGUUUUUAAUUUCAUUAUGUAUUUUGUGCUUUUUAUAUUGCAAUUUUAUUGCUCUGAGAUCUACAGGUAUACAAAUUUUAAUUGUGAUGAUGAUGAUGGAUUGGGUGCAGAAGCUCCCUUUAUGACGAGGUUAAAGCAUGCAAUUAAGUACAGAGAGGAGGGGAAACAAGAAAUGGAAUACUGUUUAACAUACAUAAGACACCUUUGCGUGUAGUUACUGUUGUGUUUGUAUGCAUUCUAUUGGCCUUGGAAACUUCCUGGCCAAGACCAACCAGCAGAGGGCACCCAACACUGGAGGCGUCUACCAAUGGCUAUUCAGCAGGCCAUCACUCACUUUAUCUGAAAGACACUAAGGAACAUACGGACAUCCAAAGUUCCGCAAAAAUCCUAUGUCUGACUAUAUGGAUUCCAUCUCUGCAAAGGCACAAUCCGAAAAUGACUCUGGGCAUAUUGUGUGUCACGUAGCCGAGGUGCUCGUGUGCUGCAGACAUAAAUCAGUUUUAUCAUUAUCGGUUAAUUUUUCACAGAAGUGCACCUGUUACCUUUCAAAACAAGCAGAAGCAUCUGCCCUCAUGUCAGCAUCGCCCUCUGUUGGCGGAGUCAGCACUAGGCAAGCCUUUGCAUGUCAGGCGGGCUUGCCAGAUGUCAGUGGACCACACACCUGGCCUCCCGGCAGCAGCAUCACUAUCGGGUACCAGAACGGUAUGGAGUCAGGGAAGCAGGAAGUUUGGAUGCACCAGCAGGAGCACUGGGCUCUCAUCUCCACCAUGCUGACUUUGCCACCACCCUGCCCCACACCAUCCCUGUACCCAGCAAUGACACCACUGCCAAGAGGUCAGGUCCACAGCGGCACAUCUCCCAGCCAAGCCACUCCUCCCAGAUAUUGCAGCAGCAACAGCCCAGGAGCCCCUUCCAGUGGCUUCUCCCCUUGCCACAAGAACUGUGUGUGCUGGGCUGGUCACAUGAGUUAUUCCUAGAUUUCUUUCCCUCCUGUCCCUCUGGGCGGCAGGGAUCUGUGUAAUUGUCUCUGCUCACUGGACCUAACCCGUACUUCAAUGGCAUGAGAAAAAGCCUCCUUGGGCUGCUGCUGCCAUGCUUAGCAUUGUUUCUCAAACCGGGGUCUCUGGCUGAUGUUGGACUACAACUCCCAUCAUCCCCAACUGCUAGGGAUGAUAGGAGUUAUAGUCCAACUAUAGCUGAGGGACCUAAGUUUGAGUAAUACUAGCUUAUUGUAUUGUUUCUGCAGGGAGGGAGGCGGUCUAGUAUAUCAAAGCCAUAGAUAAUAAGAUCAGAGAGGACACUUCUGUUGGAAGUAAGACCUGCUCAGGUGAAGAAGUCACUACUCUUCUGGGGUGGCCAUGUCCAACUGCCAUUUAUUGAUUUAUCCAAAUAAUAGAAUCCACCAGGAGGGCAGACCUGGGUACUUCCCAUCAAAAGAUCCCAAGGAGCAGCCAGUUUCCUAGAGGUUUGAUCUGUUGGCGACUCUUCUGAUCCUAUCUCUUCUUGAAUAUCUUCCCUUUUGUUGGCAGGCUGAUGUGAGCAGCGAGAGAGUGAUAAGAACAGAAGAUGGGGAAUCAUUAGCCAGGGUGAGUGAACUAAUGCAAGAACCACUUGUGCCUCGGACUGGACUGCCGGUGUGGACCCUGUGGUGCUGAGCCAGCUUCUUAAAGAGACAGUUCACUAAAAUGCGAUAUUUCCAAACACACCCACACCCCUUAAGGUGAAAGUUGGGGGGGGGGGUAGAUUCCAAGGUUCCCUUGCCUCCCCUUCCCUCCAGAAACAACAGAGAAGUGACUGAUUUCUCUCAUUGAGGGUGAAAAGAAGCCGAGAGUAAACAAUAAGAAAUAUCUCGCUUCUUGGGAGUGUGCAACUGCUGCACUGGCUGAAGAAGCCCCUUCCCAGACAGAGCAUGGCAGCUGGCAAAGGGCUGGUGUUCAAUCAUUUCUGAUAUUUUGAAUCACUGUGUUUGGAUCGAGUUAACUGUGUGACGAAUUUGUUCGUUUGCCUUUAUAUACUAGUGUGUUGCCGAUAUGGCUAUAGCGUCUGUUAACGUUUGCUAGCUUUUAAUUCUGUAGUUGCUACCAUUGAGUUGCUGGGGAAGCGGGAUACAAUAUUGAAUUAAAUAAAAGGGCGGGGGGUGGAAUUCUCCACGGCAAGGAUUUACCAGGUUUGCUUGCAAGAUCUCCUCAAUAUUUAUCCACUUUCUCCUCAGGAAUAUGGAGUGCCUUUCAUGGAGACCAGUGCGAAGACUGGCAUGAACGUGGAGCUGGCGUUUCUGGCCAUUGCAAAGUGAGUAACAGGCUGUAGUCCGUUUGCUUCUGCUUCCUGGAAUUAGCAGGUAGCAAUAAGAGAGAAACAGACCACCUUGCUGUCAGAUUAUCACGUUCUGCCAUGAGAUGUUGUUGUAAACAAAAAUUGCCCUUUCCCCCUAUGGGGUAUCCAAGAGCCCAUAUAGAGUCCUUACAUAGGUUCCCUAUUGGUAAAGGUAAAAGUAAAGGUACCCCUGCCCGUACGGGCCAGUCGUGUCCGACUCUGGGGUUGCGUGCUCAUCUCGCUCAAGAGGCCGUGAGCCGGCGCCGUCCGAGGACACUUCCAGGUCACGUGGCCAGCGUGACGAAGCUGCAGCUGGCGAGCCAGCACCAGCGCAGCACUCAGAAACGCCAUUUACCUUCACCCUAUAAAGCGGUCCCUAUUUAUCUACUUGCACCUAAGAGUGCUUUCGAACUGCUAGGUGGGCAGGAGCUGGGACCGAACGACGGGAGCUCACCCCGCCGCGGGGAUUCGAACUGCCGACCAUAUGAUCGGCAAGUCCUAGGCACUGAGGUUUUACCCACAGCGCCACUCGCGUCCCCUCCCUAUUGGUAGGAGAGAAUAACAGAGGCCAACCAGAGAAUAUUGAGAAGCAAAGCAGCUAGUAAGCCUGAUCUUUAUUGAUCUGUUGCAACAGGGUGCUCCCCUCACCCGCAGGAGAGAGGAGGAACCAAGAAAAAUGGCGCGCAAGGCCUUAUAAAGACUUUUGAAAUUGCCACCCUGUAGAUCAAGACCACCCCCAGAAACAUCAUACAUACAUCACAGAAAAGGCUGUCUUAAAACAGAAAUUUGAAUGUUGUUUUUCUCCUGUCGUUGUUUAUCUCCUGUCUGGCAGGUUACUUGAUUGGAUUGCCUGGGUAGCCCGGCCAGUCUUUUGUAAUGAUAAAUACUUAGUUCCUGGGCCAGGUCACAGGCUCACACCCUAUUCAAACACAGACAUACCCUUAAGACAGGAUUUGUGAGGAAAGAGACAAUGAGAGGUUUCCCACUUUGACCUUGCAGAGAAAACAUUUGCUCAGUUUAGGAAUCAAAAUGGUUCCAGGUCGUGCUGAUCUAUGUACAUGCUUGGUUGGUACACUUAUGAACAUUACCAUAUAUCUAAGACCUCAAAAUUCCUAUCACAAUAUGUUGGCCAAGUGGACUGAGCUGGCAUUCAUUUCUGUGGUCUAGAGCAGCAUUCCUCAGACUGGUGCACCCCAGAUGCUAUUGGACGCCAACUCCCAUCAGAAUGGCCAACGUGAAUGAUGGCCAGGAAUGAUGGGAGUUGUAGUCCAACGACAUGAGCCAGGAGCCAGGUUGGGGUGGGGAAGGUUGGUCUAGCAUAUCCAAACAGCAGGAGCAGCCAGGGCACUGCUGCAGACCUGACCUCCCAACAACAGCAUCGCUGCUGGGUACCAGGGAUAAGGUCAGGGAGGUGUAGAUACAGCUGCGGAGCCAAUCCUGCACUUCCACUGGUGUGCCCAAACCACCCCAACCUCCCUGCUGCCUCCCUGUACACACAGACACACACAUACCUUGGUAUACAGCAGUGAUGUCACUACCAGGAGCACCUUGUGAUACUCUGUGCCAGUGAUGUGGCCAGUCGCCCCAUUAGACUGCCAUUGACAUCCGUAAAUCAAGGGAUGACUUGCGAGCUCAGUGGCCCAGGUCGCAGGUGCAAUCCUUGGCACCUCCAGGUAGGGCUGGUCUGAAACCCUGGAGAGCGUCUCAAGUCUGAGCUCGAUUGUCUGGCUCAGUGGAAGGCAUUGCCCUUUGUUCUUAUCUGAUGUGAGGCUUCCACAGGCCAAGUUGCUUGUUUCUCUGGGCAGGGAGGGACCCUUCGGCGAAAACAGCCCCUGAGUGGUGGUUUUUUUGCUCUUACACUUCCAGAGAGCUCAAGCAACGAGCCGUCAAGCAGCCAGAGGAGCCCCGGUUCCAAAUCCACGACUAUAUAGAGUCUCAGAAGAAGAGGAGCAGCUGCUGUGCCUUCCUUUGAGGGAGGAGGAGGAGGACACAAAGGAAGCCCGGGGGACCCCCAGUGCACAGCAAAAGAGGUCAAGAAGCGGAACUGGCACCUUGGCAGCAACGCCGGGCAGGAGCUGUGUUGCGGACACUCUCCAAAGACAAUCCUUUUUAGAGAAUACCGUUUCCAGGUUCUAAAUGAGGUCAUGCCUGCCGUUGCGGGUGUAUGUGCGCUUGCAGGCAUGCGUGAAGGAGGGUGUGUGUGUGAGAGUGAGUGAGUGAGUGUGUGGUUAUGCGCAAAGUGUUACUUCAAAGGCCAAAUGCACUCGAGUUCAGGACCGGCCGACCUGUGCUCAAAGUGGAGCUGGUCAGGAUCUGUAAUAUCGCCCAGGCCUAGUCUUUGCAAGGAACUGGCCUGGACUCAAGAUUCCUGGACAGAGCAUCAUGACUUAUUUAGACAGGGCCACCUCUCCCAGGCCAGCAGGACUGAGCUAGGUUGACCUCAGAUGCAGAAGCAGGAUCUGCGCAGAGGGAGGUGUCCUUUGGCAACGUCCGUAGGACUGUUUUGGAUGAGGUCUGGCUGAGCUAAAGGGUUAAUUUAAUAGCAGUGACAUGACUGGUGUGUGGGGGGGGGAGAGACUGCAACCCUUUUGCUUCCCCUAGAAAGGUGACGCUUUAGAUGUUAAAAUGAAACUAGCAGGAGUGUCCAGUAAAGAAAUAGUAGACACAUUUCCUUUGACCUCUGGCUCUUUCCUGCUGCCCACACCCAAAGAUCCUGCAGUCAGGGCUGCCUUCCUUCUCCUCCCUUCCUCCCUCUGCCCCAAGGAAAGGACUGAGGGAUGCAAGUAUUAUUCCUAGUGUGCCUGUUACGUCAGGAAAAUGCUUCCAACCCCGGUUGGUUGAGAAGAGAAAUCGCUCUGCGCAAAUAUAUCUGUUACUGGCUAGAAACAAAGGAAAGCUUUAGAAAGCUUGACUCUGCUUUUCGUUCCGGUCAAACCAAGAUCCUCUGCCAAAGUGAAGCCCAGUAAGUUGAAAGGCAGCGCAGCAGAAUGGGGAGAAAAGUUGGCUCCCUCUGUUCCAGCCUUGGCCAACCCAGUGCCCUGCUAAUGUCUUGAACUACAACUCCCAUCAGCCUUGGCCGCUGAGAGUUUCAGUCCAGCAGGUCACCAGGUUGGCCAAGGCUGCUCCGUUCAGACGCACAAUUUGGCUACUUCAGAGGCUGUCUGCUUUGGAAAGUGGUGGAGCAUUCUACGGUGAUUGCCCCCACCCUGGGCUCCUUCUUUCUUGCAAGCAGGGCCUGGGUUUCUGGGAGAGAAGCAAGCUCCCUUGCACAAGUUCAUACCAGCCAAGCAGCGUGGCUGAAAGAAUAAGCCCCCGGAGAUCUAUAUUUGGGCCCAUGCAAUACUUGUCCAUCUUGUACAAACUGCCACCAUUCCAUGCGGCAUGGUGUCAGAAGUCUCCACUGGUGUGAUCCAGAGGUGUUUUCAGGAAUCAUGCCUUACAGUGGGGAUAAGGAACCUGUGGCUUUCCAGAUGUUGGUCGAUUACAACUCCUGUCAUCCCCAACCAUUGCUCUUACUGGGUGGGGACGACAGGAACUGGAGCCCUCCCCCUGCCUUAUUCAUAUAAGAGGAGUGCUCUUGUAGCUCAAAUAUAGCCGUAGACAACAGAAGCAGCUAAUCCACACAAAGCAAUAGUUGUGAUUCUUAUGUUCCUAGAUUCCUAUGCGAUCCAAAGACCCCUGUGUGCAGUUGAGGCCUGGCCACAUGCAUGUUCGUUUUGAAGUGUGUGCCACUCAGUUCAAUGGGAUAUAUUCCUAGUGAAUGAGAUAUAUUCCGCACUUGCCUUUCCUCCACGCAUUCCAGGUAUGGUCCAUGCUUUAAAGCUCUGCAUCCUUUAUUUUAUUUUUGGUUUUUUUGCUUCACAGCGUCCCCUGCGAAAACUCACUCUUGAAAGCUCAAUCGGAGCAAACAGCAAUCUGCGGGAAACAAGAGCCAGGUGGGUUUUCUUGGGGGAAGCUCUGGAACAAAAAAAGCACAAACCCAAGAGUGCUCAGACACAGAUCUUUAAAGCACAGACCUAUGCCUGGAAUGAGCAGGGCAAAAGGCAACUGUGGAUAAGCCCUGAGUGGACUGCAGCCUUACUUGAUUUCAAUAGGAUUUUAGUAUGCUGAGCACUUUUGCUAUAUUCUAUGCAAUGCAGCCUAAACUGUCUUCUCGUCACAUGCAUCAUGCUCAUAUUUCCUUAGCUCUGCUUUCUGGAAAUACAUCACUGGUGUAUGUUGUGUUUAAAUUGAUGUGGCACAAACCCUUAGGCUGUUGAAGAAUUUCUCGCGUCUGGGUUCUCAAGUUUUGGUUUCUGCAUUUGGAACAUGGCUGUCGUUGUUGCUAAUCACCCCAAAGGCAAUGUAUAAGUUGAUAUCCCCAUUCCCUUCAGUCCUCUUCUAUAAAACGUGGAUUCCUAAAUCAGUGUGGAUUGCCACUGGACCAGACAAGAAUUCUCCAUGGCCAGCCAUGUUGCUUACAUGCUGCUGCUGGAGGUAGACGCAGUCAGUACCUUGGGAAUAAAUGGAGACUGUUAGCCCCAUGAAAGUGCUGCUUCUCUGCAGUGCCCUUUGAUUCAUUCCCUUGGUGGCAUGAAUAGCCUACCAACAGUGCUAGUGCCCAUAUUUUUAUUGGGUGGGUGGGGGUGCCAAGGAAGGCACCCUCAGUAAUGCCCCCUUAACCUGGAAGGAGUGGGGGGAUGAAAACAGAACAUUCUUCACGUGUCCCACAACCCCUUCUUUGGUGCUCCGUGUAAAGUAAAAACGGUGGCCCCGUGGCCCAGACUCAGAGCUGGCAGAUCCUAUGCUGUCCUUGGGAGCCCAGCCCAUCGUUUAAUUUAGGGCUGAAGGUAGUAAAAUGGACUUUGCACCAGAAAGCUUCAAAGUAAUGACUGUAAAUAUGUCAAGGAAAAAGCACAAUGAAGCCGCUGGGAGGAAAAUUGCAGGAAAAUUAUUGUCUGCUUUAGGGGCUGCUCAUGCAUUAUUAUUUUUCUUCCAACCAAAGAUCCACCUUUGUUUGUAAGGCAGCAGGAGCACCUUUUUAGCUGGCUAGCAGCUUCCUCCUAAUUGAUUUAUACCUGGCCUCUGCAACUCACAAUCUACCAAGUGCAGCCCAUGAAUGUUGUGGCCAGCUAGUUGCUUGACAAGGUAGGCAUUAAAUACAGGGAAUGCUAUUAUGUCCUUGGUAAGUUGUUUAUUUUUACACACCUGAUGCAUACACACAGCCAAAAAGACACCUCCGUUGUGAUACACGAGUUAAACAGAAUUUUGUUUCCAUGUUCUAAAAAACAAAAUGUAAAGCCCUUAGUUUUGCUUGCCCUUUUGGAUCUCUGCAUGUGGAGACCAUUCUUACCGACCACCCCCAAGGCGGUAGACUCCUGAGGAAGCGGGACAAUUGCCUUUACAGUGACGGCUGGACAGGAGCAUCAAGUCUACCCUAAACUCAAUCUUCUUGGGCGGAUUUUGUCUCAACUUGUAUUUAUUCGUAGAAAGAGGACACCCCCCCCCCAUUUCUCCAUUUCUAAAGCUCCUCACAAAAAUAUAGACA